AACGUGUCUAAGCUCGCUUGUAACCUGCUUCUCAAAGACAGAAGAGGGAUUAAGGCUGAAAACACGCCAUGUAGUGUGAUAUUCAGUGUAGGUGGAUAUGGAGAGUGUUACACGGUCCUGUCCUCACCAUGCGCAGAGAGAUGAGCAGUGUCAAGCCCAGCUCCUCAGCGAAGCCGACAACCAAAGCCCUUUAAUGCGCUUAAUACUACAAAUAAGCAGCACCCGAAGGCCUAUAGUGUGUAAUCGGUGGAGAUUUGGUCGAUGGAUAUGUUUGGAGGUGUGAUAAACACACACUGGGCUUUGCUGCCUGUUUGUGAGGUUGAGCGCAAUUUAUGGCGGGCCGAUUGAAUCCAGGCCAGAAAGAUGUGCUCGGUGAGACGAUUGUCUCUCCCGACAAGGUCAGCUUGAUGUUUUGGAAGAUUAUUAAUACGAGCGCUUGUUGUUUUAUCCCUAAACGUGUUGUCAGUGUGCACCAUGUCCGAUAAAACGAUAUUAUUGCACACACUUUGCGCUGCCUUUCGGAGUGUGUCGCCGAACAGCCCUUUUAAUCCGUGGUACCCACAAUGCACCGGGCGCCGUGUCUUCCCUCUGUUGUAUUUCCUGUAUGGUGCUGCAAUGCUUUGUUUGCCUUAUACGCUUUCACUAACGCGGGCUUUUGACAACUCGCUUUAGAGUCGCAACUGCUAAACGAUGGAAUUACUGGGAUGUGAAUUGAGGCCGUGAAAUCCAGAGAACCAAAUUGCUUAACUGAAGAUUUUAACAAGACUGGUGCGUUACAAGAACAGGCGUGAUGGAGGAUGCAGGAACUGAGUUAACUUCAUCUGAACCAGACGCUCUUGGUGCGGACUUUAUCACGGUGGAACUCGAUACCCAGCCCAUUGAAUAUGUGGUCAAGUGGGCCGAGGUUGGCUCUAAAUUUACUCUUUCCUGCGUGAAAAGGGAAUCGGACGAGAGCUUCCCAUCUGAUCAGCUGGUUAAAACGGAGUCUGAUGAGAGGUUCUUCGUCCCAUAUGAGGCUGUAUAUGCAGAGUGUGAGGACACAGAAACUGGCCUGAUCGCCUCACAGGAGGAGGAGGUAAGGAGCGUCUCGGAUGUAGACGAGCACACGGUGCUCGUGAGCACCCAGCUUGGGGAGGAGGAAGAGGACGAUGAUGGCUCAGACAGCGACUGGGAUAAAGGGGGCUCCCAUUCGAGAAGUAGGCUAUACAACUGCCACAUCUGUGGCAAGAGCUACAGCCAUUCGUCCAGUCUGGCACGCCACCUGCACCUACAUUCUACAGGUGACCAUUUGGCCAAUUCUACUUCACCGCUUUCUAAAGUGAGUGGCAAAUCAGAGGACGGGAAAAAGCUCCUGCAGUGCAACUUGUGUGGCGUGCGAUGCAAUGGCAAACGGCUCCUGGCAAUCCAUAAGAAGUGCCACAAAAUCAAGAGACUGCACACAUGCAAUGCAUGCGGCAAGUCCUUCAACCACAGCUCCAGCCUUUCGCGCCACCGGCUGAUCCAUAAAAAAGGCCUGGACAAAAAUCUGAAGCCGCUAUACACGACACCCACUUCGGUGCCCAUCAUAACCCAUCAGAGCCGCCCGUCUGGCCGUGGAUCAAAGAAGAAGAAGUCGCAGCAAGCAGAAAGCAAAUUUGGUGUCGGUGAGAAGCAGUACCAGUGCACACAAUGCGACAUGGUGUUCAGCACAUCCACCAAUCUGUCCAAGCACCAAGUGUCUCAUGUGCGGCAGUUGCUCAACUCCUAUGCGCAGGGCAGAGACACACUGGACAAGUCCUCAGACCUGAAGAUCCGCCUAAAGCUCUGCUCACGUGACAAACCCAAUUACUAUACUCUGUGUAAGAAGAACAAGCGCCGCAAAGGCGGCAAGAAAAGGCUCCCAUUGGUCGAUGAUGAUCAGCCAUAUUCAGGCUGUGGCGUUGCCCUCGCCAAGUUCGAGCAGCCGCAUACUGGUGACCGGCGCUACACCUGCAAUGUGUGCAAGAAGACCUUUGUGCGCUUGUCCAACCUGAAGCAGCACCAGCAGACGCAUGCCUCUGGCAAGCUCUACGAGUGCCAGCACUGUGGGAAGACCUUCGUUCACUCAUCUAGCUUCUCACGCCACAAGAAGGUCCAUUCUGGGUUAAAGCAGGUGCCUAAACAAUGUAAACGUGAGAUAAUUGACGAGAGUGCGCCUCUGGAGUCCGAGUCCGAGUGAGAGACCCUCACGUUCCAGGACUGUCCAAGCACAGCUUAUGGAAAAGUCCUUAUUUUUGUGCCCCCCCCCUUCCCUUUUCUUUAUUUUUCCCCAAUCUUUUCUUAUUUUGUUAAAGGACAGAUAAUUUGGCAUUGCUCUCAUUGUGAAGUGGGUGUGAUGUUAUGUGUGAAACAAGGCUGUGUGUUAUCAGCAAUAGGAGUCAAUAUAAUGAUGAUGAUUUUUUUUCAUUUGAUUUUUAUUGUGUUUUUUUUUUGGGGUGGUGUUAGAGGAUGUUCAGGCCAUCUUUGGCAGUGUAAAGUAUAAAAGAUUUGUACAUUUAUGUUGACAUUCCCUUUUUUGGUCACGGUUAGGGACAGUUAAUUUAAUGGCAGGGUAAUAAUAAUAGUUUUGCCAGGUCUGUAGUGGUGUUAUUUAUGUCUACCUUUUUAUUUGUAGUCAUUCAUAACAAAACAAUUGACAUUAGCAUUGCAGGUGUUAAAUAUUUUGGAUGCUUGCACUAAACACACCUGAAAACAAGAUGAAGUACUUAACAGAAAAGGCAGUGGGGUUAAAAUGAGUAAAGAUCGAUUGGAACCCAGUGCGGCUGUUAAUGGGCCUAUAGUAGUUUGAGUGGCUAACAGCUCCCCCAAAACACAGAGAUGUUAAAGGAUGGGUUUGAGGUUUGAUGUCUAAACAAAAUUCAACAAUUGAACCUUUUUUUUUUUUUUUUUUUUUUUUUUUGACCAGAGAUCCUGUCACCUCUUUUCCCUUUACCUUAGACCAACAAGUAUAAUAAUCUAAUCUCCUCAUAUUUUCACUCUUCUUUUGGCAACUGGUUUUUAUUAAAACACAUACAUACACUCAGUGACUUGUAUAUGUUGGUUCAGAUUUAAAUGUUGACUUAAUAUUUGGAGAAUUGGUGUUCUGACCUGCCAAGUAGACAAGCCUUCUUGAAAGAAUUAUUUUUUUUUCUUUUCCAUGUUUUGACAAAUCAGAUCUGGAGUCAGAUUUUGCUCUGCACAGUGCUCGAUUCUCUAGUACUGUUCUUCCUUCGUCUGAUUGAUUAAAGCGCGAAAGUUCUGAAAGGUUACUUGUCCAUUUGUCAACCUGUGAAAUCCAUCUGGGUUACGCAGAACUGCAAAGUGUGGUGCAGCCGUCAACAGGAAUGCAUUCGCAAAUGGUGACUUCAUAUAAAUUAGCGUGUGUGUGCAUGUUGAAUAUAUUGAGAGAAUAUACUCACCAAAAUAUAUAUAUACAUUUUAAAAUAUGUGCAUAUGUGUAAAAAUGAAAAAAAUGCCAUGAAGAAAAAGUUAUAACGCGUGAAUGAUUGAUUUGUGAAUAAUAACUUUGAAUAAUUUAUGAAAUAACCAGGGGAUUUCAUAUUUCACCAGGCAUUGCACUAUCGAUUGAACAAAAACAAACCAAGCACUACAUACCUGCGAAUUUGGAAAUAAACAUGUUACAGCGAUCAAAAAAUGGGCCAUGCUAGAUUGAAAGUUUAGAAUACUAAUGGUUUUUUUUUGUUUUUUUAAAAGGAAAAAAACAAAACCCACUCAGUGCUCUUCACACCUGUUUCAAAUGUUUGCUUUAUAAGACAGAAAUAUAGUUAGCAUAGUGUAGUUCACAACAUAUGUUCACGAUGCUCUCCGAUGCUGUCAGUGACCGAGCGCCACCAAAGCUUUUAGGAAGCAACUGUACACACGCACUCGAUUGGUUUCCCCCUCAGCCAUGCACCUCAGCAGCGUGUUCUCUGUCCUCUUCAACGUUCACGUCAGCGUGACCUUCUGCUUAACCAUUUCUUGUUCAAAUGGAGGUUAAGUAGCAACCUGUUUUGAAGCUGUUUAAAUGCCAUUGCUUGUUUGAACUAUGAAUCUUUUCGGAGGUGUUGAGUCGAACAAAUCAAGCACAGCUCUGAUACUGGACUCAGAUUGAUGUUUGUUAUGGGGAAAAAACACAAAAGGAAAAACAAAUUUGCUUGGUACUCGAUUUUUCUGUUUGUUUGUUUUGAAAUAGUUCCUCUGUUCACCUUGAAGCUGAGGGUCAAAUUCCCUCAGUAAAAACAUUCAUUUAAUCUUAUUAGUCUCUUCUUGCCUCCAACUUUCUUCUGCAGUGAACAGGUUCCUCCUUGUUUCCUGCACUCCUCCCGCUCUGUUAUGGGUCAUGUCCAUAUCAUUACCUUCUGUUUUUAACCGCUGUCGUUGUCUCAUUUUUUUGAUGCAGCGGACCUACAUCUAAUAUAAGAGGUGUAUGUUUUUGUGUUGUGUUUGCCAUUAGAAGACGAUUUAUGAAUUUUCUGUCUUGCAGUUUUGUAAUAAACCAUUGGUUCAA